AACUAUCAUAUAGCUACGCGUAGUCGGAUAGUGGCUGCGCGCAAGCCGUAUCACGCAUUUAUAACGCGAUUCGAGACGUAUUACAUCCGAAAUAACAGUGAAUACUAUCGCUUAAGUGCUUUGUUGACAUUAUUGGACGUAUUUACGAGCGUGCUGCCAGUGAACAUUGUGAAUUAGCAAAAAGGCGGGCAAAAAUCAGUGCAAGUGACGAUUACGAGGCUAUUUAUAGACGGACGCGAGGCAAGAUAAAGCUGUAUUUAUUGACAUAAGAAGUGUGUGGUGAGAAAUAAACAUUGUAGACUGUUGUCGUGACUGCAGUAGUGCGAUUUCAUUUCCAAUUAGACUAUUUUUCUAUGAAGAAAACGAAACCGCGAAACUAGUUUGACAGCUCACGGAUGCACACAAACACAGAUUUCGGUGAUGCGCACGUGUGAGUAUGCCGUCAGUUUAGUGAUGUGAAUAUCUUGCGCUUAUCGAUUCGGUCCGAUUAAAUAUAUUUCAAGGAUAAUUGUUUAUAUUGUUGGGAUAUGUAACAAUAAAUAUAACAUUGAAUGAUACAAAUUGAGUAAGAAAACAUAUAUUUUAAUAUAAUCAUGGAGACGACUAGACCUGAUAGUCAAAAAACUGAGGAACCGGCUUCUGCAAGAGUUUCUUCCUCAAGUUCUAAUCAACUAUUUAUAGCAGACACUUUAGACUUGCCUGACGACACAUUUCGCAUGAGUCUGGAUAGUUAUUCAGUUAUCGGCGAAAAUGUAACUAUUGGAGACAGGAACUCUUCCAUAGAUAUAGAGCCAGCUGGUUUGGUUAAAACUGCUUCAACGCCGGCCGUUGAAACACCUGAAACUCCAAUUGUUGAGCCGUUUACUCCGCCUCCCGAAACUCCUAUUGCUGAUCCUUGCACGCCACCCCCAGAACCAUUGACUAUUGUGGAAACACCGAAAAUAAACGAGCAAGAUAAAAUACAAAGAACGCAGAAUUUGUUGAAGUUGUCGCUCAUCAAGAACACCGAUAAUGUUUUCGUUAAGCCGUCUCCAGUUAUGGAGGUCAUGUCGCCGGCAAGAAUGCUACAGUUCGAAGUGGACGCGUGCGCGACGCCUACUAUGAAAAGAGCGGCAAUCAAUUUCGAUUUCUUUAAACAGAACAAAUUUGAUGAAUACUUUGACGAUGACGACGAUCCUAAAGAAGAAUUGGCAGAGAAGGAAAAAGUUGAGGUUUCUAAAGAUCCCAAUCCAAAUGAGAAGCCGUUUGAAGAGGCUGCCGUUAUCGUGAAGGCCAAGGACACUGUACGACAUGAAAUUGGUUAUGUCAAUCUAAACGGACAAUCAAAAGUGGACAUAUCACAUUUCGACCUGCUCAAAGUUCUUGGCACAGGAGCGUACGGCAAAGUGUUUCUAGUAAAAAAGAGAUGCGGCGUCGACGAGGGCAAACUAUACGCGAUGAAGGUGCUCAAAAAGGCUUCCAUAGUGCAGAAACUAAAAACGGCAGAACACACCAGGACGGAGAGACAGGUCCUGGAAGCAGUGAGAGAGUGCCCGUUCCUGGUCACGCUACAUUACGCCUUCCAGACAGACUCCAAACUACACCUCAUACUUGAUUACGUUGCUGGCGGGGAGCUGUUCACACACCUGUACCAAAGGGAGCAUUUCUACGAAAAUGAAGUUCGGAUAUACAUCGCCGAGAUCAUACUUGCGCUCGAGCAGUUACAUAAGCUCGGCAUCAUCUACCGCGACAUCAAACUGGAGAACAUCCUUCUGGACGCCGAAGGUCACAUAGUGUUGACUGACUUCGGCCUCUCUAAGGAGUUCUGCGGUGGAGAGAGCAGAGCCUACAGCUUCUGUGGAACCAUCGAGUAUAUGGCGCCAGAGGUUGUCAGGAGCGGCAGUCAGGGGCAUGAUAUCGCGGUAGACUGGUGGUCGGUCGGCGUUCUCACCUACGAGCUCCUCACGGGGGCUUCACCGUUCACAGUGGAAGGCGAGAAGAAUACACAACAGGAGAUCACCAAACGCAUAGUGCGGUGUAGCUACCCCGUGCCUACGGAAGUCAGUCCCGAAGUCCAGGACUUUAUUAAAAAAUUGUUAGUGAAAGACCCGCGGCGGCGUCUCGGAGGCGGAGACAGCGAUGCCGACGAACUGAAGAGGCAUCCAUUUUUCCAGAACCUCGACUGGGACGCCGUGGCGCGCCGCGAGAUCACCGCGCCGUUCGUGCCGGCGCUGGAGCACGCCGCGGACACGCGCAACUUCGCCGACGAGUUCACGCGCAUGCCGCCCACCGACUCGCCCGCGCAGGCGCCCAAGCACAGCGACAAGCUCUUCCUCGGAUAUUCCUACGUGGCCCCAAGCAUCCUAUUCUCUGAAAACGUGAUAUCAGACCAGAUAUGGAUGCAGGCUACGGGACAGAAGCACGACAAACUCAAAGGAUGGGUUGCCAAGGACUCUCCAUUCUUCCAAAAAUACGCCGUGGACCUAAGCACGCCGCUGUUGGGCGACGGGACCUAUUCCGUCUGCCGGAAAUGUAUACAUCGUGACAGCGGGAAAGAAUAUGCUGUCAAGAUAAUCUCAACUCAGAAGAAAGACAUCAAACAAGAAAUCGAACUACUAAAAGCAUGCCAAGACUGCCCCUACAUCAUAACACUUCACGAAGUCGUACAGGAUUCGGCGUUCACGUACAUAGUGACAGAGCUAGCGACAGGCGGUGAACUGCUCGCUCAUAUCGGGCCGAGCGGCAUUGGCGAGCGAGUGGCGCGACGACUGUUAGCGCAGCUAGCGUGCGCAGUCAGACACAUGCAGCGGCGGCGGGCUGUGCACCGCGACCUUAAACCAGAGAAUAUAAUGCUGACGACGUGUCGGCUGCACGAGGCCAAGGUGAAGGUGGUGGACUUCGGGUUCGCGCGGCGCACGCCCGAGUGCGAGGAGCGCUCGCGCAUGAUGACGCCGUGUUUCAGCCUGCCGUACGCGGCGCCGGAGGUGGUGGCGCGCGCGCGCUCGGGCGCGGCGCCGGGCUACAGCGCCAGCUGCGACAUGUGGAGCCUCGGGGUCAUCUUCUACUGCAUGUUGUGCGGCAAGGCGCCUUUCCAACCGGCCUCCAAGAAGGAACCCAUCACCUCGUACAUGGACCGCAUCCGACAAGGCAGCUUCUCCAUGGACGGUUCAAUAUGGGAGGCCGUAUCGAGCGACAGCAAGCGCCUCGUGGCGUCACUACUGACUCGCGACCCGCACCGCCGGCCCUCGCCUGAGGAUGUCCUGGCCGCGCUCGGCGUGCACGACGACCAGAGCAGCUUCAAGCUAGCCGACAUGACCAAAGCCGAGCUCUACAAACGCCGAAGCAAGAACAAGCAACGAACAUCCUCCGAGACGGCCGCCAGCGACGCUCCCGAGUCCGAGUUGAUGCACACCAUCAACACUAUCAAGAGCAGAGACAACAACUCCAUAGAGAAUGACGUGGAGUUGAUCAAAGCCAACACUUUGGAUACGCCCGUGGUGGAGGAAGCCAAUAAUGAGGAUACUGACGAGGUACCGAGCGUCAAACCUGUAGAAAAAACAUACUCCAAAUCCAGAUCAAAACUAGACGAUUACAUCUACAUCGAGAGCAGCCAGGGCCUCGACGGCACAGAAGUCGCCUUCCCCAAGACUAGUCGCGCCAAGAAAGCCAAGGAGCCCACCUCACCAGUACCGAGGAAACGUAGAAAAGUAGACAAACCUGAACCUAAACCUAAAGAAGGAACAAAUACUAGGGAGCUGCGUAGCAAGGACAAACCGAGCCCUAGCAGACCUAAAGAAUCCAUAGAGAAUGAGAAAGCAGUAACAAGAGUCACUAGGAAACGGAAAUACGAUGAGAUGGCCAGUUCCAAGCCAGUGCUUAGAGAAAAAGGACAAAAUGGGAGACAAUCCAAAAAUAGCGUUGAAAAAGAGGCUACUAGAAAAAUCGCGCGGCGGAAGAAGAUAACACCCUUAAAAAUAGACGUUCAACAAACUAACAUCAGAAUGACACGCUCCAGAAUGAGACGGCUAGAGGUCAGUCUGUCUCCCUCUCAGGUCAAAACCAUCGUGCCGGCCUUCUCCUUCGAGUCGGAUAAGAGAGUCGAGUCGUCAGAAAGUAACUCUACUAAGAGGACGCGUAAAGCCAAAGCGAGUAAAGCUAAACCUACCGUCCGAGCCACGCGCUCUCGAGCCAACAGGAGGUGAAUGUUGGAUACUAUAGGUGCACGCUAAACUUUCCAGCUAUACAGGGUGAAAUUUUAAUCACUAGCCUAGACUUUAAACUGAACUACUUUUAUUAUGGGAGCAAUGCAAAAAUCGAAAUAAAUAUUUGGCUGUCCCAUACAAAUCAGCAGCAUCACGUCAGCCGGAAUGUAUGACAACAGCUAAUUUUUUUUUCGAGUAUUCGGCAUUGGUCCCAUAAUAACAGUUGUUUAGUGACCUAUAACUCCUAUAAGGUCACUACGCAGAGUAUGGCUAGUGAUUAAAACUUCAACCUGUAUUGUAGACCUUAUGAGAUUUAAUAUAAGGUUUACAAGGUAAGCUGGAGUCUUAGUGUUUGGCCUACAAUAGUGUAACAGGGCUGAGCUAGUAUAACUGGCCGCGAGUCUCGCACUGUAAAAAUGUUCAGCCGAUGUACAGCUGAAAGUAACUUUGAAAUAAAUCUUACUUACAGCUUAACUGGGGAGAUAUGCGGUCCUACGCGACGCCAUAAGGUACCUUUACCCGUGGAACGUCACAUGUAGCCUUAGUAACUUUCCGCUGCCGCGAUUGGCUGAUCAAACAAUAAUAUUUGCAGUGCGUAGAAUCGCGUGAACAGUUAUGAUAUAGUAAGGACGCUAAGCAGGAAGAAUUUCGUACAUUGACCGGCCUAUUCCUAUCUCUAUCGCACGCGCGUAUGCUGGACUGAUGAUGCCGGCGGUCAAUGCCACCGUGCGAGCAGGACAGCAAUAUAAUUAUGCGCGUGCGAUGGGGAUAGAAACAGGCGGGUCAAUGUACGACAUUCUUCGUGGUUAGCGUCCUUACUUUAGCCUUACACAGACAGCAUUCGUGAAUUAAGAAAAAUGUUUUCAAGACAGCAAUAUCGAAUCUGACCUUUAAUUUCUGGCAAUUUCUUUUCCGUUAAGAUAGUAACUUUACACUUCUCAGACUUAACUUUUUUUAUAUUUUAUCUUAUUUAUUAUUUCGAUUCUUGUAUUUUCUUCCUUAGGGUGGUAUUCCAUCUGUCCAAAUAGAUUUGUCCAAUGUGUAUUGCGUCUGACAUUUUGCUUAAUGAGAGAGUGAGAUGCAAUGGCAUUAGACAAAGAAAUUGGACAGUUAGAAUACCACCUUUACUAAAACGGGUCGGUUCAUGAAAAAGGUUGACAAACACUGUUCUAGAGAACACGAUUUCAAGUCUACAAAACUUGUAAUAAAUCGCUGUUUGUGAUCGACUUAGAUUUGUAUCGAAAUAAAGUUAAAUAUAUUUGUCAUUGCUAGAAUGAGAUGGAGAUACACUUCUCAUUCUAACAAAGGUAAGUUGGUUUCUUGAUCAAACGUAAAUGAAUCGUGAAUAAAUCCGCAUAAAUGUACUUUGUAGUACUCAAUUUAUAUGAUUUUUUUUUAUAAAGUAGAAUGUUGCCAGUGUAAGGCAGGCCACUAGCGCCCCCUAACCUCCCACUCCAAAUAUCGACAGAAUAGUGAUGGAAUAAAAACAGGCGCUUUGCUCAGCGUAGUGAUGGGAUGAAAUUAUUUAUUGGCGAGUAAGUUAUAUCGUAGUUAGCUCCACCCUAGUUCGAUAAAGAAUAGAACCUGUUUUUAUUUUUUAAUCCCUCUAUUUAAUGUUACUUUAAAAUAUUUACGAUACCUUUUUUCCUUAUUAUUACCAUUAGAGUUAAUUCUUUGAUGUUGGUUAUUAUGUAUUUCAGUAGGUAAUAUAAUAAUAAAUAGGUAAUUUUGUGUGUGAGUGCGCACUUGGCCCAUAGUUGGAAUAUACGAGUCCUAUCUGUAUUUUGUUUGCAUCGUCGCGCCGCGACGCCAUGUUGCGCCAUGCAACGCCACAAGGCGCCACGCCGCGCCAUAUAGCGCCAUGGAGCGCCAUAUAGCGCCAUGGAGCGCCAUAUAGCGCCAUGCAACGCCAUAUAGCGCCAUGCAGCGCCAUAUAGCGCCAUGCAACGCCAUAUAGCGCCAUGGAGCGCCAUAUCGCGCCUUGGCGCCGCGCAGAUACUACAUUGAACAGAUCUCUUUCCAUAAGACGAACUUUGGUUGUUUGUGUAUAUUUGUUUGGGAACUAGAUUUAAUAGGUUAAAUUUGUAAAUGUGUUUCGAAAUAAUGUAAUAGCAGUUUGUUUGGAGUAUUGUUUAUCUUCCAUUUUUUCUGUAAGUGUACGAGCGAACUACGAGUAAGUAAUGCUGCGCGGUUCGUGCCAAAGCAUGCUUGGGGCGCCCGCUACGAUUGCGUUAUUGAAUUCAAUGAAUUUGUAAAACUUUUCCUUCUCGUUUUAAGGGCUUCUACCAAAUAAAACUAUUGUUUUGAUUAUUUCAUUGUAAAUAAUUUAGCAUUUAGUACAAAAUCGGUGGAAGAAUUAAUUAUAUAAAUUUAAAUUAUAAAGAAUAAUCUCAAUACGAGGGGCCCGCGGCAUAUCAUUGGGAGGCGUGGCUUAGUGAUAAUUAUAACGAAAUUCAGUUCUGCCAACAUAAUAAUUAUAUUUUCUUAUGCGAAAUCUAAAUCAAUAAACCUUUAAAGUCAAAUUGCUUGCUUCGUGAUAUUUAUAUAUGUUUUUUUACAACAAUAGUGAGAAAAAUAAGUACAUGGGACAUAAGGAACUUUAUUUGCAUUAAUUAUCGCACUGGAUUUCAAAUAUCUUUUUUGUUUUUAAGGAAAUCGAAGACCAACGUGAUGAGUACCAUGUAAGAUGAAUUAUAUUGUUGACAUUAAAUUUAUUUUUACUUUUAGUCAGAAGAAUAUCAAUGUACGGGUGUUUUUACAAGUACAAUGCGGUUUAAAUGCGAAGUAAUAUCUUUUACCCAAAUAAAUCUAAAUUGAACAAUUUGUGUCAUUGUAACAGUUUCUUUUUUAGUAAAAUAAUAUUGAAAGAAAAUAUCAAUACUGUCAUGGCGGCUAAAUGUUACGAGCAUAAUUCGCAAAGUUCGUGUAAAACCACCCAGAAAACGCAUAAUUAUAAAUCAGUGCCGAACUAACGAAUUUUCGUUUUAGGAAAUUUAAUUUCCACAGCUUAAAAUGUAAAAGAUAGCCUUUACGUCACUAUCGUAACGUGUUAAAGUGCACUUAAUGGAAUGUACCAAAAGAUUAUAUAAUUUUAUAACAAAGUUAGAGGUUACUAUUGAAGUCGGCGACAGACAAAUUUUGUAAAAUGUUACACUAUGCCGGACGGAGAUAUUUGAUUGUAAUAAUAUACCAUUUUAACAUUAA